AUGUGGACGAAGGAUUCAAAGUGGGAUGGCGUCAAGGCGAAUUUGGAUCCAGAGCAGCUGUCGAAGCUCCAGGACCGCAACAAGCUCUUGGACAUUUUAGAGAACCAAGGUCAGCAGAUUGUAGUGGUGGGAGACACUUCGUCAGGUAAGUCGACCACAAUCAACUUUUUGCUGGGCUACCCUUUUAACUUCGUCGCUCAGGGCAUUGGCACUCGCCGGCCAUGCGUCAUGACGCUGACCCCAGACCCUGAGCGGGAGAAGGUGCUAUUCCGAACGAAGUUUCAGAAGAACGACUUUACUAGAGAGGAGGAUUUCACGUCCUUAGCAGAUGUGGCGAACUUGGUUCGAAAUGUGAAUGACCCGCGAGCUCAUCCAGAAUGGUUUGACUGCUUGAACCCUGACCGCGAUCUGUUUCGUGGUCAGAUGCCCCCCAUGAUCAGACCCGAUGAUGCCUUUGACGAGACACCCGUGUAUGUCCAGCUUUUUCACAAGGACAUAGAUUGUCCCAUGCGUUUGGUGGAUGUACCCGGUCUCAGUCGUGGCAAUCGCCUCACAACCAAGAUUGCUCUUUCAUUCAUCAAGCCAGACAACGCUGUCAUCCUGGUCAUCGGAAAGGACCAUCCGAACAACGGCGGUUUCCCUCAUCUGGCUGCUGCCAUGAGGGAGUGCUCCCGCACGAUCGUGGUGCAGAACUUCGCCAAUACUAAGAUCCAAGACAAUCAGGUCACAGAAAACUUCAAUGUCAUCUACGAGAAGAUGAGUGGGCGAACGGACUUGGUCUUGUACUGCAUAGACUACGGUUUGCCGUACGAGCCUGGAUUGCCCCUCUGGCAAGAAGGGUACGACCAGCAGGACUGGCACAAGAUCAACAAAGAGCAGGGUUUGCAGGCGGUUCGAAGAGCCAUGGUGCAGCACACGGAAAUGAGAGCCAAGCAGCUGCAAGAGCGGUUCAAGGACAGCAAGGUGUUCUCCAAUGUCAUUGUACCGGGCAUCGAUUUGGUUCGUAAGAAGCUCAACGAGUUCCAGUUCCACGACAUCGACGGGCACAUUGGAAGACUGCAAGAAGAGCUGAAACGUCAAAUCGCAAAGCGCCAGUCGGAGCUGGAGCGGGCUCAGGCUCGUGUCAAGCAGCUACAGUUCCCACCAGAGUGGGACAACAUGCUGGCAUCUUUCGCAGCAACAGUGAGAAAGUAUCUGGACGCAACGCAUAAUGCCACAGAGAUGUACGACCCAGCGACUGGCACCAUCAAAGAGGAUGAUUCCCUGCUUUGGACAUCGGAGGAUGAAGCAAGGAGAGUCGCGAAAGGUGCUUUAGACAGUAACGACAAGCACUCUGAUGAUGACGGACUCGCCUGGUUCACUGGAGACGUCGACAGGAAGGUGGUGUCUCUGCUGACGGAAUACUGCGGCUUCGAGUCCGAGCUACGCCUCGCCUGCAUCCGAUCUUGGCAGCGGCUCGUGGACGAGUUUACAGGAAUGCUGGCUUUCGCGCCGAUGCCAUGCGUUCCGGCAAGCCUGCAUGACAUGGCCAAGAUGCGCGUCGGCACCGGCCAGUCUGGUCAACUCAACUUCACGGAGGAGACCGUUAAGGUCGUGGUCAGCCUUGGUGAGGAUUCGAAGCAUCGAGGUCUUGUUCGCCCUCUCCUGGAACAGUUAGAACGACGGAUGCGUCUUCUGGUCGAGCGUGACUUCCGCAGUGCUGUCGCUUGCUUGGAAGCACGCAGCGGUGAUGAGUUGGACAGGUUCUUCGACUUGGUAGGUCAGGAGGAGUUCGAUGAGGUUGCAUCUGACCCAGGAGAGACAGAGCAGCCUGGAAGAUCUCCGCUUCCAUCCAUGACUCCACGCGAGAAGUCAGACAACCGAUCAAGCAAGCGGGAAGCUCGCAAAGGGGAGAUGACCAAGCUGAUCUUGGCUGGCGUUCUGAAAGCGUUGCUUAACCAUGCCGAUGAAGUCGUGUCUUCGGUUCUGCAAGGGAGCAUUGAGUUUGACGUUCAGAAUGAGCCCGUGAUUGAUCCCGUGACUCAGCGUCCACGAGUACGCGAGCGGUCCGGCAUCAUGGUCCGCGUUGACGAGAACACGACCUCUCCAGGGCCUUUGCACUGGAUGCUGCCGUUCAAGUUCAACAACAGCGGGCAAGUGAGCUUGCGAAAGCUGCUGUUCAACGAGCGGAAACUCCUGAAGGGCAGCAAUCAAGGUCUCGGCUGGCAUGCCAAAGUCAAGAGGCAGCAGCAAGGCUUUCUGAGAUCCAUCGGUGCCGGGCUUUCCACGUGCUGCGAAAAGCAAGAAGACGACGAUGCUGGCCGUCCAGAGGUCGGCUGGAGCCGAAAGUUGAUCGAUGAGAUCGGCCUUCACUUCGAGGAUGGCACGCCCACGAUCAACUGCAGCAACGCCGUGAACCUGCGAAUCUUCCGCUUGUGCACCGAGGACUACGAGGUUCCGAUGAGUCCCAAUGCUCCACCUCACCUCUACGAUGUCGAGGUGCUCAAGCUCUUGAAGGCACUGCAAUUUGAGAUGGCAGCUGCAUGGGCGUCGAUGUGGAGAGGAAUGCUGCAGGAGCUCACAGACAAAGACAAAGUCCGAGAGUUCGUUGCUGAAAGGAUGGUGAAUGAGCCAGUGGUAGACUAUGCGAUCAAGCUGGACUGGGCCGCCGAAAGGCAGCAGUCCGGAAGGAUCGAGCGAGAUGCCAGUUUGGAAGCUGUGGAUGCAGUGUGUGGGUGGCUCAGCGGCUCCCGUGCCUUGCCCAACGACAUGCUGACCACCGAGGAAGAGAUCAAGAAAGCAGGUGAGGAGGCGAGAUGGCCAGAUCAUCAAGGUUAUGUUGAAGUGCUGUCCCAGGUGGAUGCCAAGCAGGUUAAGACGGCGUUUAUGGCAAACAAGAACACAAAGCUUGCAGGGCAGCCGUCCUGGCUACGCCUUUGCGACGAAUUCGUGUUUGUCAUUCUCCAGCUGAACAUGAAGAGAGUUUCGAACGAAGAGCUCAGCAUGGCAAAAGCAUCAGCAGGCAUGAUGUCCGCAGCUGGCCAGCAAGAGAUGAUUGCCAAGCUCGCACUCCAUCGUAUGUCCCAGCUUAACAUGCACAGCCAGAAGGUGUUUAUGAAGCGCUUCAACUACCUUUGGGGGCGAGAUGUCUCCACGGCACUCACUGCAAUGGAAGGUGUGGCACAGAGCCUGCGGAACGUCACAAAGAUGGGCAUGAACGGUGCGGAUUGGCUGGAGGACCAGCUCCAUAUGUACAAGGACAAGGUGAUCUCGGGCACACUGCGGGCAUUGCAGGAGAAGUUCGAUGGCUUGUUUCCGGUGGAUUUUGCAAUCCUGAAUGGAAGGUUUCCUUUGAACGCGAAGAAGCUGCGUCGGCAGCACUUCGAGCUUCAAGACGACGGAAGAAGCGUCAGACAGCGCGAUGCCUUCCAGGAGAUCAGGGACAUGUGGCAGUCGGCACGAUACAAGCAGAUGCAAAAUGUGGUGAUCUCCCCUGCAGACGGGAAGUCUCCGGGAACCAUACAGCUCAGCGUGGACGGAACUAUUUCCGCUUACGAGAACCUUCAGGAACAGCGCGAGCGGGUUGAGCAGAUCUUCAACCUGCCAUGUCUCCAUCCUCCUGCAGAGAACUACGCAGGUGGUGCCUUCCAGGAGCUGUGCCUCAAGUUCUUCAAGGGCAUCCAUGUAGACGCCAUCCAUUUCUGCCGGCCCCGGCUGAAGGCAAUGAUGGCGAGGCUCUAUCAGGAAGAGCAUCUGAGACGUGCUUUGCAAGAGAGCCCUGCCUUGGACUACUUGAAGGACUUCGGUGGCCACAUACUGGAGAAGCAGAAGUUAAGCAUGUUCACGCGCAGGUGUAAGCUGUCAGCGAUGCAGCAGACUCUGAGGGAGACGGAUCGCGACGUUGUUUCGCGCCAUCACCGCGAUGAUUUCACAGCCACGGUGACCUUCCACGAUUCGCACACAGCCACACUCAAGCCCACACAGUUAUCCAGAGGGAGAGCCUUCCCUUGGAAAUGCUGUAUCAUGGAGCUAGACCGGAAGGAUUGGCCUUUGUUCCCGCAGUCAGGCUAUGAUACUCAGGGGGCCAAGCCGAAGCCAGCUAAGGAUGAGCCGCUCAUGCUUCGACGGAAGCGAAAGUACGAGAGCGAAGGCAUGCGACGAACCGUUCGUGCAGUCCUCCUUGUGCAUGUCAACUGUCACCCGCAUAUCCUCGCCUUGCAGAGCGAAGCUGGCUAUGCUCUUCCCGGUGGCACAUUGCGGCCUGGGGAGUCAGAGAAAGAUGGGCUAAAUCGAAAAAUGCGACGAUUCAUCUUCAAUGCGGAUCCAAACAUGGUCUGCGAGUGGAAGAUUGGUGACUUGCUUUCUGUUUGGUGGUGCCCAAGUUUCGAUGGCACCACUUAUCCUUACCUGCCUCCGCAUGUUACAAGACCGAAAGAGUGCGUCAAGGUCUAUCAGGUGAGCCUACCGCAGAGAUGUGUUUUCGCUGUGCCCUCCAAGGACAAGCUUGUGGCAAUCCCGUUCUUCGACCUACACGAGGACCCUGCGGCCUAUCCCGAGCUUCGCGACAUCCCUCAACUUGCUUCCUCGGCGAAUUUUGGUGAGUCGCUAUGCAUUAUCGCUCUACGAGCAGAGUUGAGCAGAGUGAUGCACAUUGUGCGGAGAGGGGUUCAAAGAAACCAGAAGGAGCAGUUACGACAUGCUGGAAGCUACACAUGGAGCUGCGCUGGCUCCAUUGCCCCAGCGAUUUGUUUGGCCCGUUGCGUGCGCCGCAACCGGCUGGAACGGAAUAUCUGUGUGGGGCCAGGAUGUCGAAGCCUGCGAGGAGCCCUGGCAGCUGCAAGGCGUUCGCUGUCAUCGGUGCGGCUGGGACAAAGCUCUCCGACAUCUGCGGCCGAGGCCGAGGACCUGCCGCCUAUGAGCACAGAUGGAGGUGGAGAAGAAGAGUUCCAGGAAUACUGGGAAUGGUUUCAAAAGCCUAGGGCUUGGCCAGAUGGUUGGAUCGAAAGGCGCACGCAUCCUCAAGUUGGAGUUCUACCCUACUGGUACAACACCGAAACACAGCAGACUUGCUUCGAGCCACCAUCAACGAGUCAGAGCUCCAAAGAGCUGCAUCAAGCAGCGGAGCCCCUGGAGAUGGAAGGUCCGGCAGCAGAUCUCUCGAUCAAAGAGCUUCGCCAGAAGCUGCAGGAUCCUGAUGAGCUUCGGCGCUUGCAGCUUACCGAUGACAUCCUGGCUCGGCGGGCAGUUUGGGAAUAUGAGAUGUUCAUUCCUCGAGUGCUUUCGUGGCAUGACUACCAGUAUAACACAUUCUGGUUUUUCAUCGAGGAUCGUGAGAAAGGUAAGGGGAAAGGAAAGGGUGGAGGACGCGGGUCCGGCAAGGGGUAUUUCGCCGCCGAAACAGAGAAGAACAAGAAGAUGUUCGCUCAUCAAGGCUUCUUUGAGGCUGUUGCCAAAGUUGCGAGCCAGCGGCUUGAACGGAUCCAUCCAAUCAAUCUUGUGUACCUUUUAUGGACGUUUACUCGAGCAGGGGUGCGUGCACAGACAUUCUUCGACCAGGCCGCAGACCACUUCUGCAACGGCUUGCUUCCGUCCCUGGAUCGUUGCGGUUUGGGAACCCUUGUGUGGUGUUAUGCAAGACAAAGAUUUCGGCAUCACCGUUUGUUCGAUGAAGCUGCCAAAGAGCUGCAGCGAACCGUGCGCGUUCGGUCCCUGGCGCCCCGGAACUUCCAAAACACCAUGAUUGCCUACCGCUGGUAUGGGAUGGGCCGUGGCACAACACGAUCACUCAUCGACAAACUUGCAGCCUGGCUGCCACGGCUCCUGGACGAUCAUGACGAGCGAAGACCGAAGUUGAGGCCCGACGUCAUGUUCUCUUAUACUUGCAAAGAUGGCUCCGUAGUCCCAGCCGAUUCUUUUCGGAUCAGUGGUCUGAGCGUCAUUGCACGUGGCUUCGUGCACCUCGAUGCCAGCACCGAGCCUGUUGAGGCAUGCCUUGCCUCCAUGACGGACUACGUGCUGCGCAGUGCACGAAGUUCCCCAGCGUGGAUGCGGACUGACGGCGAUGUGGCAGUCUUCACGACGGUCGUGGCCGAGGCCGUUGUCAAAGGAUGGCCCGUGGCACCAGACUUGCUGGCAGACCUCGAG